GGUCUAACAAACCUUUAUAAUAAUAAUAAUGAAAGUUGGCAAGAGUAUGAAUUGAACUCAACAAAAGAAACCCAUCUCCACCUCCUCCACCUCCUCCUCCUCCUCACCUUUAACAUCAUCUUCAUAUUUUUCUUUCUUCUGGGUAUCCCAACAAAGAGGAAAAUGGAUUGCUCUAUUUGUAGCUCCAUGCCUUCUAUUCUUAGGCCUCCAAGAAAUACCAUAUGUGGAUCAUGCUAUGACGGAGCUAAAACUGUAAUCACUUUGAUGAACAAAUUUGAAAACGAUAAAGGAAGUGACAAAGCCAAUACUUCUGUUGUUUCUUUCCCAAAUUCGUGCAAGCCUCAGCCACUAGCAAAUCUUCCAAAAUGGAUGAACAACAUGAAGGAAACAGAAGAUGAACUGAAUGAAAAAAUAAAUUUCCUCAGUGGAUUUGUUUCUUUAUUUAGAGAUCGAAUUCUUACUGACAUCCAACUCAAACCUGGCAAUGGUGGUCCUUCCAUUUCUGCGCACAGAGCGUUACUGGCAGCAAGAUCAGAAAUAUUCAAGAACAUGCUAGAUUCAGAUGCAUGCAAAGCCCCAGCAAAUGACACAAUAACAAUUCCUGAGUUAAACCAUGAAGAGCUGGAGUCUCUCCUGGAAUUUCUCUACAGUGGAAGCUUGGCUGCAGAGAAGGUGGAGAAGCAUAUCUACUCAUUGACACUAGCAGCAGAUAAAUAUGAAAUUCCAUUCUUGCUGAAAUUCUGUGAGAGAUACAUGCUUAGAUCCCUCGUCUCUUCUAAUGCUCUUGAUGUCCUAGAGAUCUCAGAUGUGUGUUCCAACAAAAUAUUGAAGGAGACUGCCUUGAAUUUCAUUGUUAAGAACUUGGAGGAUUUAGUUUUUUCUGCUAAAUAUGAAACUUUUGUAUCCAAAAACCCACAUCUAUCUGUUCAAAUCACAAGGGCAUUUUUGAUGGAUGCCAAAAGCAGAAGGAGAAAUGAGGCCAUUGCUUGAGACAAAAUUACCAAGAAUUAAUGUGUGGAAUUAAUCCAUUUUUCCAAAGUAUUCAUCAAUAAAAUCAAUAUUAAAUGUCUA